AUGGCGGACUCACCCCCCUGCCACAGCAAAGCGACUACAUACACACAAUGCAGACCGGUGUCCCAGGGGGGCCUAGAGGCAAAGCUCGAUGCUAUCCUGGAAGCCUUCUGGGCAAAGCUGGCGGCAAAAGCAGCAAGUCCCCAACGGGACCCCCCAGCAAAAGACCAGAGGCAGGCAGCACAAAAGGGCUGCGGAUCACGAAGCGGCAUCCAACGGUGUCCAGUACCCGCCACUAGUGGCAACUGCCUCCUUGGGCCGGGAGCCACCAAGAGCAAGCAUGCCACCCACAACUACAAGCCACCACCUAGGGCGAUCAUCGCUGAUGAAGGGGAGGCCCCCACAGUAGCGAUCAAGCAAACGACGAGGUACAGCAACAUGCAAACUGACACAGAGGAAGGUGCAGAGAAUGACCAAAAUGGUUCCCCCUGCGACCACUCUGCCUCACUAGCCCCCACAUGUGCUCAAGGCCCUGAGGGACUGCCUAGCAAAUUACCUGCGCUUCCCGAUGUCAGGAGUCGGUUGAACAUGGACUGA